AAGGGAGGAGUGUAGAAAGAAUCGUAGGAAAGAAGGACGGGAGGAAAGGAGAGAAAGGGAGUGCCUGGGCAGCACUGCAACAGCUGCAACUGCAGCAGCCUGUCAGGAGGAAAGAGGGAGAGAAGGAGACAGAGGGAGGAGAGGAAGGCUGCAGGAUUUGCCUGUAGAGUUUUUUUAUGUAUGCUUUUGCACAAGGAAGAGGAGCCGAUACGGAAGCCUUUUUUCUCUCCCUUGCUAAUGCUUCUCUAUAUGGUCUCAUGCAGGAGGCAUGCUUGGAAAUAGUGUGAGAGACAGAGAAGGAGAUUUGAAGAUGGAAAGGACGGAUAGCACAAAGGCAUACGGCCAAGCAGAUGGCAAAGGAGUUGGUAUGGCUGCUAAGAGAGCAAAGUCCGGAGUACCCCAGAGCUCCCAGAGGGGUGAACUGAAGGUUUACCGCGCAGGGAGCUCUGACGGCAGGAUACCACUGCCCUCCAGUCUCCGGAAGCAGAGGUCUAUGACAAACCUGGCGGUCCUCACUGAUGCUGAGAAGAAGUUGCACCUCUAUGAGCCCAAGUGGUGUGAUGACAUGGCCAAGUCCGGAGCAGGGCAGAGCAAGAUGGGCAAGCCAAAGACAGCAGGGGGGGGCAGCAGUGCCGGAGGGGGUGCCCCUCUCUCAAGAAACCUUUCCAAAUCUGAGCACUCACUGUUCCAGGGCAAACCCAAGCCCUUCAGCCCUCUGGCUGCUCCAUCUGCUCUGAACAAGCAGAGCCGCAUACCGCGUGCACCUUACGCUGAGGUGAAGCCCCUGAGCAAGGCACCUGAGGAUGGGAAGUCAGAUGACGAGAUCCUCUCCAGCAAGGCCAAGGCCAAGAAGCAGGGAGCUGGAGCCGGGGGGGAGUCUGGGUCCAAAGGCCAUGGGGAGGAAGGUGGAGACAAGAACUUCCUGAAGGUGGACCCAGAACUGGUGGUGACAGUGCUGGGCGACCUGGAGCAGCUGCUCUUCAGUCAGAUUUUGGACCCCGAGUCCCAGAGGAAGCGGACCGUGCAGAAUGUCCUUGACCUUCGCCAGAAUUUGGAGGAUACAAUGACGAGUCUGCGGGGAUCCCAGCUAAGUCAUAGCUGUAUGGACAGCAGUAAUAUGGGCUAUGACAGCGAUGAGACCAACGCUCGCAGCAUAUCAAGCAUGUCCAACCGCUCCUCGCCUCUCUCCUGGCGCCACGGCCAGUCCAGCCCUCGUCUCCAAGCGGGAGAGGCCCCCUCCUCCACGGGCGGGGGGUACCAGGGGAGUAAGAGCUGCUCCCAGUACACGGCGCAGACGAUGCCCGCCCGCUGCUCCAGCCGCCUCAACAGCACGUCUCGCAUCGAGCUCAUUGAGGGGUUGGACGACCUCAAGUCUGGUUACCUGAGUGACAGCGACCUCCUUGGAAAGAGCCUGCCGGAUGACGACGACAACCUGGCUAAUGGCUGGGAUGAGAGCAGCUCCAUCAGCAGUGGGCUCAGCGACGGUGAAGGCGAUGGCUCAGAGAACCUCAGUUCAGAGGAGUUCAACGUCAGCUCCUCCCUUAACUCCCUCCCCACUACACCCCUGGGAUCCAGACGCAACUCUUCUGCCAUGCUCCGCACUGAUGCAGAGAAACGCUCCCUGGUGGAAAGCGGACUCUCGUGGUACAGCGAGGAUCACAAAGCCGGCCACAAGCUGGACAGUGGCAGCUAUGAGACCGGGAGCCUCAAGACGGAGGCCCCGAGCAAGUGGAGGAAGAAGCCUCCGAGCCUCAGUGAAGAUUUUGGGUGUAAAGGAGAACUGAAGAAGCCCCAAAGCUUGGGUCAACCAGGAAGCUUCAGGAAGGGUCGCAAUCCUCCCGUAGGUGUGACCUCCCCCAUCACCCACACCUCUCAGAGCACAUUGAAAGUCGCGGCACCUAAAUGUGAGAAGCCAAUGGAUAAAUCCAGGAUUUCCCUCAAAACUGCCGGUCUGCAGCGGUCCCGCUCAGACGCUGGCAAGGAUCAUCUUGGAGAGUACCGCAAGCCCCCGUCAGGUUUAGUUAAACCCACAGCUGGAGCCUCCUACGGCUACAAGAAACAUCCAACAGCCACCGGCACCGCCACUGUUAUGACAGCAGGGGGCACCACCAUCUCCAGUGGCUCUGCUACUCUGGGCAAAAUCCCCAAGUCAUCUGGCAUCCCUGUGAAGCCUGUGGGAGGAGGAGGAGGAGGGACACCCUCAGGAAGAAAGAACAGUUUUGAUGCCAGCAGUGAGCAGUGCUUCCUGGGGCCAAACACUCGAAACAGCAUUCAGUACCGCAGCCUGCCUCGACCGGCCAAGUCCAGCACGUUCAGUGUGAUUGGUCGCCCUGCAUGUCGGCCUCUCAGCGGCACCAUCGACCCCAGCCUGUUGAGUUUGAAACCCGUGCCCAUGGCCUCCACAGGCCCCAGGAUUAAAGAGCCCAGUAGCUGUAAGAUGUCCAGUCGAUCGAGCACAGGCCCCGUGAACAUGACCGACCGGGAGAAGGAGAAGGAGAGAGCCAAGGCCAAGGCUGUGGGGGCCGACAUGGACUGUGGGUCUCUGAAAGCAGAGACUCGGUCCUCAGGAGAGUCCACCAUGAAACUGCACGGCCUGAGACGGACCAGCAGCAGCAAAUACCCUGAACUGUCAUCGCCCACCACACCAAGGAUGAUGAACACAAAGUCUCUGGGCCGUCCACCCAGCUUGGCUCACCUUGACAAGGUCAACUACAACAGCCUUGACUCCUGUGUGACCAUCCAUGACCUCCCGCCAAAAGUCCCCCCUUUUUCCAAGCUGCAGGACCUGGCUGGUGCCCACACCUCCUCCCGCCUCACCCCCAGCCCAGCCCCUGUGCUCCACAUCGACUCCCCCGGCUCCUACACCAGUGAGAGCCUGAGUCUGGGCGGCUCCCCGCUGCUCUACCCCAAGCUGUCAGGCAUGCACCGCAGCAUGGAGUCCCUGCCCCUCCAGAUGAGCGUGCCUCCCAGUUCCAGGUUUGUCAGAACUGAGACACAUAACAAGGAAGAGAGGGGAGCGGGAACCUGGGGGGCCGGAAGCAGGACCUCCCUCAACCUCACAGAUAGCUUGCAAGCGGACAGAAAUACCUUACCGAAGAAAGGCUUGGAACGCUAUGGCUCAAGCCUGUCAGACAGUGACGGCAAACCGGAGAGGCGCCACUCCCACACCAUAGUCAGCAUGACAGAGAGCGAUAGCCCCCCUCAGCUGCCUUCUCCCACCCGCCCUCUCCACCCCUCCUCCGGCAAGGCUCCCUUCACCAACGUGGUUGCCCCCAUUUCUAGUGGCACCCCGAGGAUAUCGCGCUCCAACAGCAUAGGCCCCCCCGGUGAGUUGGCCUGCGAUCUCUAUGGAACCUCCCCCCUGGGCAGCAGCAUUUCCCUGGCUGACCGGCCAAAGAGCAUGAUGCGUUGUGGGUCUUUCCGCGAACCAGGAGAUGAUGUGCAUGGCUCUGUGCUCUCUCUGGCGUCCAAUGCUUCAUCCAACUAUUCGGCGAAUGAGGAGAGGAUACAAGGGGAGCAAAUCCGCAAGUUGAGGCGAGAGCUGGAGUCUUCCCAGGAAAAGGUUGCAGACCUGACCAUGCAGCUGAGCGCCAACCUAGGACAGGCUAAUCUGGUAGCAGCAUUUGAACAGAGUUUGGCGCUGAUGACGGCGCGCCUGCAGACCCUCUCUGUCUCCUCGGAGCAAAAGAUCCCGUCAGAGAAUGAGCAGCUUCCAGGGGACAUAGGGGUUCUGGAAAUGAGUUGUGGGUCAAAGGAGUCUGAGCUCACUGAUCUGAAGGAUACCAUCGAGGUUCUGAGGGUCAAAAACUCAGAGGCCCAGGAAAUCAUCCAGGUGGCUCUCAAUACUCCAGAAAUCGCACCUAAAGAAAUGCCGAUCAAUCGCCAGAACUCCUCAGAAAGCAUCUCCAGCCUGGCCAGCACCUCCAGCCACUCCAGUAUGGGCAGUCUGAAGGAGCAGGAGGCCAAGAAGAAGAAGAAGAAGAGCUGGGUGAGAACCAUGGGCACAGUGUUUAGAGAUACUGGCUGA